AUGGCUCAAAAUCAGCCUGGGGAUGCAAACUUCCCUGGUGGGUUACCAUCAGAACGACGAUCUUCGUCGGCUUCGGAAGGAUCGACACAAGCAUCAUUGGCCUACGAGAAUGCGUCUUCACAAACUUCAAACCAUGAAUCUCAAGAUGAUGAAGAUGAAGAUGAUGAUGGAAGCGAAGCGGGUUCAGAAGAUCUCCCCAGAAGAGAGCCUGCCUACACCACCCAAGAACUAGUCGCCAUUAUUAUCGACUUUUACAACUUCCUAACAACUCUUCACUUCGAUGCUGCAAAUCUCAAAACAGCUCCACCAGAAGGAUGGCAGAACCUCACACCUGAAGCACUAUCAAUCUUGGACAAAUCCGAAUACGUCCUCGACCUUAUCUGUCACAUCCCCUACUUCAAGCAGUCCUUCUGGUCAAUUGGUUUCCUCUAUAAAUCCCAACUAUGCGAUAUCCCCGAAUACUCUCUCAAGGACUUUGAGGAAGAGAUGUGGUGGGCAGAAGACUAUGAAUUCGUUUCCACGAGAGGUGAAGCAGAUGGAAGAAACUUCAUCCGCCUUGCCGAAGGACGAGAAAGCGGUGGCCGUAUGUUAUGGCUAAAUGCCAAGGAUGGCGAGAUUAUCGACUGCGAUAUACGAGGCGAUCCAGAAGAUCCGGUGGAUAUUCAGGUCUACUUCAACAGCCUCAAGGAGAGAUAUCGAAAGUUGGAGUUGUUUCCAGGUCCUCCUAGCUUUGUUACUCAAGAGUAUGAGGAAGUGCCAGAGGACGAUGAUACGAUCACUGAGCAGGAGUUUCUGAGGCAGGGACCGGAGAUCUCCGUUUACGAGAAUGCCAAUUUUGCUAGGAAGCUUUAUCGCAGGUUUGGAUGGCCUGAUGCUUUUCGAAGGGAUGAAUGCUGGAAGGAAGUCGGGAGAUUACAGGAUGAGAUGAACGACAUGGAUGACAGUAUUUGGGAAGGGACUCCUGUUUACGGUCGACAUUGA